ACAAGAUGAAGAAGGCACUUUUUUAAUGGGUGCUGCCAGGGACUGACUGAGAAAUUCAUAAUAUCCAUGUUGUUUGGAGGUUUUCCACAGGGCCCUCUAGAGGGGGAAGGUGUGUUUGAGAGAAGUGGAAGAAGAGUAAUUGGCAUCCCACACAGGAUUCAUCAUGUCUGAGUCCAAUACACAGACCAACCUUUAUCCAACAACAGACUAUGAGGAGUAUCCCCAGAUAGAUUAUACCACUUUACUGAUCAUUGACAGUAUCACUGUGUUCAUCUGCCUGUUGGGGCUUGUGGGGAAUGGAACUGUCCUCUGGUUCCUUGGCUUCUGUAUCAAGAGGAAUCCCUUCACAACCUACAUCAUGAAUUUGGCCAUUGCUGAUUUUGGCUAUCUUCUAUGUACAACUCUCUUCUUAUUUUUUGAAAACAUGUAUAUCUUCCUGUUUAAUUUAAACAUCAUUCGUUUAAUUGAGUUAUUUAACAUGCUGGUUCUCUUCACGUACAGUAUCAGCCUGUAUCUCUUGACAGCCAUCAGUACUGAGAGGUGCCUAUCCAUUCUGUACCCCAUCUGGUAUCAAUGCCACCGUCCAAAGCACUUGUCUGCCAUUGUGUGUACCCUGCUUUGGACUCUUGCUUGUCUGAUGGCUGGGCUGGCAUCUCCCUUUUGCUUUCUGUACUCCUUUGAAACCUGCAUCAAGAUGCUCACACCCCUCUCUGCUACGAAUUUACUGGUUUUCUCCCCCAUCAUGGUCCUAUCCAGCAUCAUACUGUUCAUCAAGAUCCGACAUAGCUCUCAGCAACAGCAGCCAAGAAAGCUCUAUCUUGUUAUCGUGCUGACUGUCCUCUUCUUUGUCUUCUUUGCUGUUCCCCUCAGUACUGUGACCUUUUCCCAGAAUUACACUUAUGAUCCUUUUCUUAUUGAUUUCAGUUUCCUGUUAGCUUCUGGAAACAGCAGCAUCAACCCCUUUAUUUACUUCCUAGUUGGAAGCUACAGGAAGCGGAGGUUCAGGGACUCUGUCAAGGUUGCAUUCAGGACAGUGUUUGAAGAGAAGGUGGAUCCAAGAGAUAACACAGAGACUGCCAGGGCAGACACAAUGGUGACAGGUAUUUAA